GGAGGGGCCCCGGAUCGUCAAAUGUUUCAACUUUCUCCCAGCUACAAAUACAUUUAUUCAUCAGGCUACCCAAGCAACCUGGAGAGAUUAUGACCCCAGUAGGGUACUUACAGGUGACCUAGUCACCUGACGGUCAAGAAUAAGUUAGGUUCGCUCUUGACCCAUAUUCGCGUCGCGCGACAACGUAAACUGGCAGUCUCAUGGCCAAGUGGGGUCCGGGGACGGGCCGCUACUAUAAGUAUUCCAAGAGUUUAUCGGCCGCGGGAAUCCGUCCAAGAUAUACUUUGUCGUUCGCUGAGUAUGUCUACCUCGAACGAGAAAACAAACGAGUUCCUCCCCGGCGUCUUGCCACCGCGCAGGACGUCGAGCGGCAGGAUACUGGCGCUGAGGACGGGUCUGGUUGUAUUGGCUGUAUUCGCAUCCACUUUCCUAUGGAAGGCGUCACAUGGCAUUGGACCGCACCGCCCCCAUCAGCAAAAUAACAAUGCAGAGAUCUGCCCCCAAGUGUCGGAGCUCGUCCCAAAGUCCAACGGCGCCUUAUGGAAGACUCUUGGCGACACCUAUGAAACGGAUGCAUUCAAGACGAGAGCGGUGGACUGGCUUGCAGGAGCCGUUAGAAUCCCAACAGAAUCCUAUGACCAGAUGGGCCCUGUCGGAACUGACCCACGCUGGGAGAAAUUCGGCGCUUUCCACGACUAUUUGCUGCAGUCCUUUCCACUCGUCCAUUCCACCCUUGAGUUGACCAAAGUCAAUACGUACGGCCUGAUAUACGUAUGGAAAGGAACAGACAGCUCCCUCCAGCCUCUCCUGCUUGCAGCCCACCAAGACGUUGUUCCCGUGGAGGGGACCACAAUUGACCAAUGGCAAUAUCCACCUUUCUCUGGGCACUUCGACGGUGAGCGAGUAUGGGGACGUGGCUCGCAAGACGACAAGAGCGGUCUUAUAGGUGAGCUCUUCAUCAGGUCCGCCAUGGAGAGUAUGCUGGAGAACAAGUUCCAGCCAACCAGAACCGUGGUUUUGGCAUCCGGGUUCGAUGAAGAGACCAGUGGCCUUCAUGGCGCUCAAACAUUGGCGCCAGUUUUACUGGAGAUGUUCGGUGAGAACGGUUAUGCCAUGCUAGUAGAUGAAGGCUCUGGAUAUGGCGAACAGUUUGGUAGAGUCAUCGCAACUCCGGGUAUUGCUGAGAAAGGUUAUCUGGAUGUCAUGAUAAAUGUUGCAUCUCCUGGUGGUCACUCAAGUCUUCCACCGCCUCAUACUAGCAUUGGCAUACUAGCGGACAUGCUCGUCAAUCUUGAGAGAAAUCCGUUCCAAGUUUAUCUGGAAAGAGGUUCGCCAACAUACAAGAGUGCACAAUGUCUUGUUCACGCGCCUAAACUUCCUGAAUCACUGCGGAGAGACAUCAUUCACGCAGAGCAUAAUGACCGUGCUCUUCGCCGUACUGAACAGGAACUCUUCAAGAACCCUAUGUUCAGAAAUCUCGUCGGAACCACUCAGGCUAUUGACCUCAUCAAUGGAGGGGUAAAGGUCAAUGCUCUGCCAGAGCAAGCUUGGGCUGUGGUGAACCACCGCAUUUCGACGCAGAGUUCGGUCGCUGCAACGAAAAAGCGGGACACGGAGCUGCUUACAUCACUCGCAGGCGCAUUCAACCUAUCUUAUACCGCCUUCGGUGCUAGGAUAACUGAUGCUGAUGCUCCUGCAUUUGGCGCUUUGACACUAUCUGAAGCUUAUACGCAUGGACUUGAGCCUGCUCCAGUCUCAUCCACUGAUACCCUACCUUACCAACUGUUGUCUGGCACUAUCAAAGCUGCAUACAACUCUCACAGAGGUCUUUCAGAUGACGACAGCCUCCUCGUCAGCCCGGGAAUUAUGUCGGGCAACACAGAUACGAGAUACUAUUGGAAACUGACCGAGCACAUCUUCCGCUAUGGCCAUACAGAUGGUGCUAGCGGUGGAUCACUCAGUUCUGGAGUGCACACUGUCAACGAGGCCAUCGACAUCAGUAGCUUCAUCGAGAUGAUUCGAUUCUUCACCACACUUAUUCUCAACGUUGAUGAAUCGGAGUUGCCUUGAACAAUGCAUUUUUAUGUGGCAAGAAGGUGUUGGCUUUACAGCAUUUGAGCUUUUGGUUGAUAUGGAUAAGAUAUGUAGCUAUUUGUGAGGAGACUUGUGAUAACAUUGAUUCAAGCGUCAAGUUUGGUGUCACCUCUUCGGACCAGUGUUGUACAUAAUGGAUUACCAAACAGCCCGCAGUCGAUACCAUGAAGUUGGCGGCGUUCUUUCUGUCGCAUAUGUCGCAAGCUAAGCUAGCUGAGAAGAAAGCUAACGAGCUUCCAGGCGUUCACGCCCGCACAUCCACUACGAGGCUUUGCGCUGGGGUCAAGGUUAUCGCAUCCAAGAUCACACUCGUUGCACUCGCAAUCUCUGCUUCAACGUACUUAGUCAAGCG